AUGGCGAAGAUCGCCUACAGCGUAGGGCAACCUGGAGAUACACCGAGUCAGGCCGACCUUGAGGGGCUGACUGAUGGAGGAGAGCGGAGUUGCACGAUUGGAGAAAUCAGCGCUUUGAGACGCCUGGUAUUCGAGAGUCAAACUUUGAUGAUUGCUCAGAUCAAGGCGACGGUGGAAGGCAAAUCUGACGAAGGUGCAACCGAACUGGCACCAGCAGAGCGCGAGGACCGCAUGAAGCGCCAAGCUGAGCGACUACGGGGUCUCAGCCUAGAGGGCGAACUGGAAUGCGGGUACGCCGGAUAUGACACGGUGAUGAAAAUGCUCCAAGACAAUGCGGUCACGUAUUUGCAUCCAAAUCGUUUCCCGUCCAGGCGCUUUGAGUUGCUGAAUGAGAAGAAGAAGCAGGAAAUACUUGUGACCAACAACCAGAACUUGGCUGUCAAGAGCAACGCAUCAGAGCUUCUGUUGUUGCAGGCGCUCACCAGACGAGCGUUGUGCUUGGACUUGGUGGGUGCAGCCAGUUUUGAUGUAGUGGAGAAGUACCAAUCGAUGCUGAUGAGGUGCCUGCAAGAGCCAUCCCCGCCGGGAUACCGACAGGUGGAUGUGGUGCAGAUCCUUAAAGCAGACCAGCGUGCAUGGCUGCGCCUGAGUGAGAUGGUGAAAAGCGGAUUGAAGCGCGGGACCGAUGGCCAGAAAGGCAUCCUGAGAAGUGCCCAAUCCUCGGGUGAUCCUGAGUUGGACAAAGCAGUGUACGACAGCACGGAGGAGGAACUGGGCAAAGGACGGCUGCGCCUGCGAGUCCUCUCGGAGCACAUAAUUAGCAGGAAGAAGGAGGUCGAUGCGAGAAACGUGGUGUGCUGGUUCGAAAGGGUGAACACCGCUUCGAACAUAGCUGACAAGCCGUCCCGGGGCGACGACGACCUCAAGGGUCUUGGUGAGAGGAUGCACCUGGACAUCAGCAAUCUCAUUUCGGAAGCCACUAUGCCAAAUUUGCAGGGGGGAGAAGAAGGGGCAAGUGGCAUGAGCCACGUGGCAUGA